AUGCGGACGCACGUGAAACACGUGGAUUUCACGUGCCACCCCUCGGAUACCGCCCGCCGGCUGCGAGCCGCAGGCGAGCGGCCGUGUGGGCGCUGCAAAAGUUCUGUCCAUGCCAUAGGCACGGGUUAUUACACUUGUGGAGGUUGGAGAUGUCCAAGGGCCAUCACUCAGCGGUCACGAGACCAACAACCCUUACAUCUUCCGAAUGACGAAUCCAAGGACAAAUUCGUCUUCAAGUUGACCCUAUUCUCGAUGCGCGCUGUCCUGGUGAAGAACGACGCAGGGCCUGCUGACAGCCUUUAUAUCGGACAAGUCGAGACACCUGUUGCUAAUGCGAAUGAAGUCCUCGUCAAAGUGAAAGCGUUUGGGCUCAAUCGGAUGGACAUCCAUCAGCGAGAGGGCCACUACCCGCCCCCACCAGGUUCAUCGACGGUGUUGGGUGUCGAGUUCUCCGGUCAAAUCACUUCUGUUGGGACUCAGGUAACGCGUUGGAAUGUCGGAGACGAAGUUCUGGGUCUCGCUGGCGGCGGAGCUUAUGCCGAGUAUAUUGUCGUCCCCCAAACACACAUUGUUACCAAGCCUGCUCAUUUGACAUGGGCAGAGGCAGCCGCGAUUCCGGAGAACUUUUUAACCGGUUCGCAGGGCUCUUUUUUACCGGAAAUCGUCGUUGAUUUGCUCCCAGCUUUUCAGGCGAUCGUUCUCUGUGGCGAAAUCAAAGCAGAGGACAACGUUCUUGUCCACGCUGGUGCAUCAGGUGUGGGUAUUGCUGCGAUCCAGCUUGCGCGCUUCUACCAAGCGAAAACUGUUACCGCCACAGCCUCGACUUCCGUCAAGCUCGACUUUCUCCGCUCCAUAUCCAACGGCGCAACGCAUACGGCGAAUUACAAGACCCAAGAUUUCUCCCAGGUGGUGCUUGAGGAAACGACGGGAGGCAAAGGCGUUGAUGUAUUGGUGGAUUUUGUCGGGCAAUCUCACUUUGAGAAAAACCUCAAUUCGCUUGCAAUGGAUGGUCGAAUGACACUUCUGGCGUUCUUGAGCGGACCUGUUGUACCCUCGGUCAACCUGGCCACCAUCUUGCGAAAGCGACUGCGCAUCCAAGGGUCAACUCUGCGCUCGCGUACGCCCACAUAUCAAAGCGAGUUGAUAGCCAGAUUCGAGCGCGAGAUUCUCGAGCACAUCACAGGCCAAGACGGUCCAGGCGAAAUCAAGACGUAUAUCCACAAGGCCAGUGCAUCAGUCAUAUUCCCGUGGAGUGAAAUUCAGGCUGCGCAUCGAGAAAUGGAGGCUGACGCGAACAUCGGGAAGAUUAUUGCUGAGAUUGACUAG